AUUUCCAUUUUAACCAUUCAAUACUCUCAAAAAUAUGUUAAGAUCUCAACAUGUUCUGUUUCGGUGAUAUAAUUAAAUAUAAUGAAACUCUAUGAAUUAUAUUUCAGAACACAGCCGUUUUGUCCGAAGAAGACAAUACUCUAUGGCCCUUCUACAACUUUUGGUGUACGAGGUAGAAGAAGAAGAUAAGAUUUAUGGUUGUGCUGAUUUGGAAUAGUUUUGCUUUGCGAAAAUAAUUGAGUUAAUUACAUAGAGAAAUUCGACCAAAAAUGAGGGAAAUUGUACAUGUUCAAGCUGGCCAAUGCGGAAACCAAGUGGGAGCAAAGUUUUGGGAGGUGAUAUCGGAUGAGCAUGGCUUGGAUCCAUGUGGAAACUAUCAUGGCAACUCUGAUCUCCAACUGGAAAGGAUAAACGUUUACUUUCAAGAAGCUUCUGGUGGAAAUUUUGUACCUAGAGCCGUACUAGUUGAUUUGGAGCCAGGCACAAUGGAUAGCAUCAGAUCGGGUUGUUUCGGACGACUUUUCCGGCCAGAUAACAUGGUUUUCGGACAAUGGGGUGCUGGAAACAAUUGGGCAAAGGGUCAUUAUUCUGCAGGGGCUGAAAUAAUCGACUCUGUUAUGGAUGUAGCAAGAAGGGAAAUUGAAACCUGUGAUUGCUUACAAGGUUUUCAAUUGUGCCACUCUCUAGGAGGUGGUACUGGUUCAGGUUUGGGAACUCUAAUAAUAGCCAAGUUACGCGAGGAAUACCCAGAUAGGAUCAUAAAGACCUACUCCAUAUGCCCGUCCCCAAAAACCUCUGAUACCGUCGUGGAACCCUACAAUGCGACCUUGUCAGUUCAUCAGCUAGUCGAAAAUUCAGAUGAAACUUUUUGCAUAGACAAUGAAGCAUUAUAUGACAUAUGCUUUAGAACAUUAAGACUAGCUCUUCCCACUUACGGCGACCUAAACCAUCUGGUCUCAGUCACCAUGUCUGGGGUGACCACCUGCUUGAGAUUUCCGGGACAGCUCAAUGCCGAUCUGCGUAAACUCGCGGUCAACAUGGUGCCUUUCCCAAGGCUUCAUUUUUUUAUGCCCGGUUUCGUGCCUCUUAGUUCAAGGUGUUGCGUUCAGUAUAGGUCUAUGACAGUCCCAGAGCUGACCCAGCAGAUGUUCGACGCGAAGAAUAUGAUGGUAGCUUGUGAUCCUAGAUGCGGAAGAUACUUAACAGUAGCUGCAGUUUUCCGUGGCAGGAUGUCCGUCAAAGAAGUUGAUGAACAGAUGCUCAACAUCCAGAACAAAAACAGCCCAUAUUUUGUGGAAUGGAUACCAAACAACGUCAAGACGGCUGUGUGCGAUAUACCCCCAAGAGGGUUGAAGAUAUCAGCUACCUUCAUAGGGAACUCCACAGCCAUCCAGUUGAUAUUCAAGAGGUUGGACGUCAGAUUCAACGCAAUGUUCAGAAGGAAGGCCUUCCUACAUUGGUACACUGCUGAGGGUAUGGAUGAGAUGGAGUUUACUGAGGCUGACUCCAAUAUGAACGACCUCGUGAGUGAGUAUCAGCAGUACGAAACCUGCGAUGUUGAAUACAUGCAUGAAGAGGAGGAAGAAGAGGAAGAAGAAGAAUGAAGUGUUAUAGAACUCGAGGCAUAAUUUAAGUUUUCUUUGAAAUUUUGUUUAUUUUGGUUAUCACUUAAAAUUUUUAUGGUUUUGAGUAUUUCCCAUGUACGAGUAUAAGUUUUUAAAGUAACUGAGCUGUGAUAAGAUAAAUUAGAUUUAAAUAUAGAUAAAUAUUUUUUAUUGUUUCACUUAUCUAUGUAUUUUGGUUUUACUUUGGUGAUGUAUUUCUUAAAAACGUUAUUAACAGUGGACUCUUGCAACUUCAAAUAAUUUAAUUGAUUCGAAGGUGGCACGCACGGUACUUGAAUGACAGCUGUUUGAAGUUUUCCAUUAGAAUGGAUGAUUUCAGUGCUGAUAUAUUUGAAACUUUCAUCUUAAUUUGUGUGACUUUCUUAGCCAUUACUUUAUUCGUUCUAGCAGCCUUCCAAUCGACUUUUGACAAAUUGAUAUGUCGAGAUUCUUAUGACCAAGUUCAUUAUUUUUCACCCAAUGGAUAUUUCCCGCAAGUUAUAUGUGAAAAUUGUGGGAUGUUUCGGUUUCGCAGUUCAUUUUGCUGCCGUCGAAUUCACUCCUUUUCUGUAAGAAUCUACCUCAGGGAAUUAAAACAGGACAGGAAAUGAAUUAUAAGAGUUUUUAUGUUGACAUUUUUUUUUUUUGAAAAUGAUGAAAUUCUUUGUUACUUCAUAAUAACUUACUGCUCAGGAUUGAACAUUUUCGAGCUUAAAUAAACUGAUCUGAAAAUAAAUUAAUUUUCUGACUGGCUAAAUCUUGAAUCAUUUCGUUUGGUGAACAAUCAUCAGUGAUGUAUCUGGUCACGCAGCAACAAAUCCAACACGAAAAAUAAUCAGUUUUCACAAACUCUAAGCUUCUAAAAGAUCUCGCAAAAAUCAGAGUCUUAUGAGAGCCGAGAUUAAACAAAAAAUCUGCGAACGGAAUUUUCUACUGAACAAACAAAAAUUUACAUUAUACAUAAUUUGUUUCAAAAUGCAAAUCCAAAAAUAUUAUUGAUUUUAUUAUUAAUUAAUUGACGUAUUUUAUGAAUACUAUGCCUACAAAUAUCGGUGCACCCACUCCUUGUUGAAAAUGUUUAAGAUCUUUUAAAUUCAGUCUGAUUUGGAUGAGAUUGGCCAAACUUCAGUUGAUUUCCUUAUAGAUUCUCGAGGCUCUCACUUCACAUUAAGCCGUCGUUUCAUAGAAAUACAUAAUAGUUAUAAUAGGCUAAUAUUAGUGUUCUGUGGUGAAAGCUUCAAGAAUUCGGGGAAUCCCCGGACCAACUUCAGUCUCUAGUCGGUUCAAAAGAGUACCAAAGAAAAUAAUAAUUCCCAUUGCUAGGAAUUGAAAAAUUCUUUGGCUUACCUUCUCAAAAAAGUUUUGGAAAUUGAGAUGAUUAUUGAUUAUACUAUUCAGUUGAUUCAAUGUAAUAAUUUAAAUACCAUAAGGUCUGAAGGAACGUAACCAACCAAAUUUUAA